UGCAGAGAGGGAGUGACUGUUUUCUCAGAGAGAGAGAGAGAGAAGUUGCACUGUUGUUUUAGAGAGAGAGGCAAAGGUUGCACAUUUAUGAGAGAGAGAGAGAGAGAGAGAGGAGGGGGGCGGCCGCAUUUGAAGCAAAUGUAAAUCAGGUAAGAGAUAGAGGUGAUGCGUUAGAGAGAGAGAGAGUAUUUGAAGUUACAGAGGGAGAUAGGUGCUUUUAGAGGGAGAGUGUGUGUUUGAAGUUUCAGAGGGAGAGAGGGGGGUUUUCAGCUUGGUUUUCCGAGAGAUUUUAGUAGAGAGAGAGAGAGAGGUUUUUUAGCUUAGUUCAUCGGUCGUGGCAUUUUCUAUAUGUGGCCCCCUAUUUUAAAUGCACAUUGUUGAACUGCAUCUACUCUCUCACUUCACAACUUUCAGCCAUCAAAACCAGAAAUCUCUCCACCUCAUCUUCCUUUUAACCUUUUCCCUUUUACUUCACUAAUUCCUUUACCACUGCUCAAUAUUUUCCAGAGCUCUUUCCAUCCAAGAUUCGUCCAUUAAUGUUCAAAGAACUGACAGUUUCUCUCUGCAAAUGAUGAGUUUUAAUGGAAGUUUUCUGGGACUUUAAAUGGUACUCCUCCGUAAUGGCUCAGCCCUGGUAACUUAUCUUGUAAAGUAAAUGAAACCUCUCAUAAAGAUUUCCAUCUCCAAAAGAGGAUGGAGAUUCUGAUGAAGAAAAGGACCUCUCCUCAAGGAUUCAAUUUCAGAAAUGAUCGGUGGUGUUUGUUGAAGUGGUUUUAAUGCCUGCUCAAAAAUGGACCUUUUGGUGAAGUAUUAUACCGAGGUAAAAGCGAGUUCUUCGAUGGUUUGUUUGUUCUCUAUAAAUAGGAGCACCAGUCUAUUUAAGUGAUGAGAAGUUUUGGUGACUGAUCAUCGUCAUUUAGGGAAAAUAAGAGCUGGAAGAGCCAUGAUUCUGUGUAAAAUAAUGGAGUUUACUGGUCUUAUGUCAUUAGGGAAUACAGAGCAGAGUUCCCCAAAAGCUUGAAUCUCUGAAAGCAUUUAGGAAGAAUGCCAUCUCUCUCGAAGCUGUAAAGAUUCAUUCAUGGAGCUUCUCAUGGCAAAGAGGUCUUUGAAUCUUUGAAUGUUAUGUUAUUCCUUCGUCCAAAUUUGUUAAGUUUCAUGUCAUGGCAAAUGGCAGGUUUCUAGAUUAUUGAAACUUCAAUCUCAGUCGUUGAUGAGGUCUCCCCUGCUAAGGUGCUGAAAGGAGCCAUGAAUGGGGAUCUUAGUUUGAGAAGUGAAUGCCUUUGCCUAUGAAUCAUCUUUCUCAAAGCUGAAACUUGCUAUUGCAAACAAAACUUCUAAGACCUAUUCAUAUCAUUUGAUGAAAAUGAGGAAUUUUACUUGAGAUCGGGUAUCUGCAACUAUUGGAGCUUAUGGGGGUGCUUAAGUCCUCACUCAGGGAAAGCUUGCAGCAUCACGAGUCUGGGCUUCCAAAUCACUUUCAGGUCACCAAUUUUGCUUGGUUUCAUGGUUUUUACUUACCUUGAAAGCCAUUCUUUCUGAUGCUCAUAGCUUGCCUGCUGGCACUCAGUAAAGUUAAAUAUUGAACUGUUUUGGAAAUCAUUUUUGAGCUUUAGAACAAGUUGUUUCCUGCAUUUUCUGCAUUUUUCGAGUAAAAAGCAGUCAAAACUUAGAGUGAGGUAAAUGUUUCAAGGAUUUGAAGCUCUAUCGAGCCGAGGUAAAAGUACGGGCUUCGAGAAGCUUGAAAAGAUGUAUAUGGCACCAUCAUUCAAAGUAGAACUGAAGCUUCUACUCCCUUUGUAUCUUUUCUUUCUGACUGUUGUGGCUCAACCACCUUCACAAGAAGUACAAACUCUUCUCAAGUUCAAGAAGCAGAUAAAGACAGAUCCAUCUGGCACCAUAUUAAAUUCAUGGAAAGAAGAAUCUGUGAAUGGAUGUCCUUCUACAUGGUAUGGCAUUGUUUGUAACAACAAAGGAAUCUCAAGUGUCAUCCUCAAUAACUUGAAUAUCACUGCAAACAUUGAUCUAGGUAUAUUUGCCAAUCUUACUUUCCUUAUUAAACUCUCUUUGGCAAAUAACUCCAUCAAAGGCCAGGUCUCUCAAAGCAUCAGUGGAUUCAAAAACCUUCAGUAUUUAGACAUAUCGAACAACAUCUUCUCAGGGAACAUACCUCCAGAUAUUGGUUUGCUUCAAAGCUUGCAUAACCUAUCUUUAGCUGGUAACAACUUCUCAGGCUCUAUCCCAGAAUCGAUAAGUGGGUUGACUUCAGUUCAGUCUAUUGACUUAAGCCAAAAUUCUCUGACAGGUGCCAUACCAAAAGGUAUAACACGCCUGAAGAACUUGGUUUUUCUUAAUUUAUCUUGUAAUGGAUUUAUUGAGAGUAUUCCCUCUGGGUUUGGUCUGCUUACUCGCCUUGCAUUACUGGAUUUGCAUCAGAAUCUACUCAGUGGGGAAAUAGAUAGUGAGAUUUUAGGUACUCCUGGUAUUGUUUACUUGGAUUUAAGUGAUAAUCUAUUAUUAGCUUCCGCUUCUCAGAAGAUGCCAUUGCUAUUUGAUUUAUCCGAGACACUUCAUCACUUGAAUCUCAGUCACAAUCAACUGACGGGUUCUCUAAUUCAUGGCGACAGUUUGAUAAUGUUAGAGAGUCUUAAGGUGCUGGAUCUUAGUCACAAUGGGCUAUCUGGGGAGCUCCCUGGUUUCCAAUUUAUUUACUCGUUGGAGGUUUUGCGCCUGAGUAACAAUGGGUUCUCUGGGUUUAUACCAAAUGGACUUCUGAAAGGGGAUUCUCUGGUCUUACAGGAACUGGAUCUCAGUGCCAACAAUCUUUCAGGUCAUAUUGGAUUGAUCUCAUCAACUACCUUGAAGUUUCUAAACCUAUCUUCCAACUCCCUAUCAGGGGAACUUCCCUCACUAAUAGGAAGCUGUGCUGUGCUGGACUUGUCAGGAAACCAGUUUUCUGGAGAUUUGUCAUCUCUAGCUGGAAAAUGGGGUAAUUCCCUUGAGUUCCUUGACCUAAGCCGAAAUCAAUAUACAGGCUCCCUUCCUUUGGUAACCUCACAGUUUAUACGCCUGAAUUAUCUCAACCUCUCCAUGAACUCUCUCAUGGGUCCUCUCCCUCUGGUACUCACUCAAUACCCCAAGCUUCAAAUCCUUGAUCUCAGCUCUAACCAGUUCAAUGGCCCUCUCUUAACCCAACUUCUAUCAUCUUCAACUCUUCAAGAACUUCAUUUGCAGAGGAAUAUUUUCUCUGGAAACCUCAUAUUCCCAACUUCUCCUUCAAACUCUUCCCUUCUUCAAGUCCUUGACAUUUCGGAAAACAAACUCAACGGCUCCCUCCCUACUGGAAUUGGUCUCUUUACUGGCCUGAAAAUGCUUGACAUUGCUGGAAACCAUUUAUUUGGGCCUUUGCCACCUUCCAUUAUCAAACUCACCUCUCUCACCUCUCUUGACAUAUCGAAGAACCAAUUCACAGGCACCUUACCUGAUUCUUUACCUGAUUCUCUCCAAUCUUUUAAUGCUUCCUAUAAUGAUCUUUCGGGAACCAUCCCCAAGAACUUGCAGAGGUUUCCAGAAUCUUCUUUUCGCCCUGGAAACUCCAAACUUCAGCUUCCGAAAGCCCCACCGGGCCCCCAAGCUCCUUCCACCACACAACAACCUCAUCGAAAACCCAUCAAAACGGCAAUAAAAGCAGCUGUGAUUGCUAUUUGUAUAGUCACAGUCUUAGUUUUGAUUAUACUGGCAAUAUUGAUACAUUAUAGGAGGAUCUUAUCUGCAAAAUCUCGGCAAGAAAAUUCGGGUAAAGGCCUUAGGAGGCGUCCAGCUUCCGGCCAAGGUACUGGACUUGUUGUAUCAGCUGACGAGCUUAUAGGAGCAAGGAAGGGUUCUUCAUCAUCUGGGAUCAUUAUGAGCCCUGAAAAGAAACCGGUUGGAUUUUCGCCGGAGAAGAGCAGUCAACUCUCAUGGUCACCUGAAUCCGGCGAGUCAAUGACUGAAAGUCCAGCAAGACUUAAGGUUUAUUCGCCAGAAAGAUUAGCAGGAGAGCUCCAUUUUGUUGAUGAAACAUUGAAUUUGACACCUGAAGAACUUUCAAGGGCUCCAGCUGAGGUGCUUGGGAGGAGUACCCAUGGAACUUCUUAUAGAGCCGGUUUAGAGGGUGGUGGUUAUUUAACUGUGAAGUGGCUGAGAGAAGGGGUAGCCAAGCAUAGGAAGGAGUUUGCGAAGGAGGCAAAGAAGUUUGGUAAUAUCAGACACCCCAAUGUGGUGCCAUUGAGAGGGUAUUAUUGGGGACCAAGCCAGCAUGAGAAGCUUAUUUUAUCCGAGUAUAUCUCGCCAGGAAGUCUUGCAAGCUUUCUCUAUGAUGGUCCUGGCCGGAAAACCCCACCAUUGACGUGGGCCCAGCGACUGAAGAUUGCGGUUGACGUUGCCCGCGGCCUCAAUUACCUUCACUUCGAUCGUGAAGUGCCCCAUGGAAACCUCAAAGCCACCAACAUUCUCCUUGAUGGCCCCGACCUGACCGCUCGUGUCGCUGAUUACUGCCUUCAUCGCCUCAUGACACAGGCUGGCACUACUGAACAGGUGGUUGAUGCCGGAAUGCUUGGUUACCGAGCUCCAGAGCUUACCUCAACGAAAAAACCUGCACCCUCUUUUAAGUCAGAUGUUUAUGCAUUUGGGGUGAUAUUGCUGGAGCUCCUUACUGGGAAAUGCGCAGGAGAUGUGGUCUCUGGUGAGAGAGCAGGAUCUAGUGAGAGAGGGGAAGCAGUCUCUAGUGAGAGAAGAGUGGAUUUGACAGAAUGGGUGCGGGCUCAGUUGGCUGAGGGGCAAGAGGUGGAGUGCUUUGAUUCAGUGAUGUUAGAGGAGGAGGGGAACAUUGCAACUGCUAAAGGGAUGAGAGAGAUGCUUAAAAUUGCUUUGAGGUGUGUGAGGCUGGUUUCAGAGAGACCGGGGAUCAAAUCGGUGUACGAGGAUUUGUCGUCGAUAUGAAAGAGUGACACAACAGCUGCUUUGUAACUCUUAGCUGAAAUUCAAAGUCCUUGUUGAGUUAUUUAUCACAGAAGAAAACUUCCAUUCCAUGCAUCUA